GAGGGUUGUCUUAUUCGUUGGUAGUGUGGUAAACAACAGCCCCGGGGCCUCGAGGAAUUGCCAAAAGUAACACAUGUCUGGUUGCUGUUGUAAGCAGAAAUAUCUGUAUACAUUUCACUGAAUCAGACCAGGGCGUUUAAGCGUGAGAAUCCCUCGGCAAUAAUCUGGAUCCUGCUUCUAGGUUUCUAUUUGAUCUUUGAAUAGAAAAUUGCAGUACACCAAGGAAAAAAAGCUAUUCAUGACUUCAUUACCUGUGUAUGUGAAUGUUUGGCAGGUCACGUCCGCCCCCCUCACACACAUGAGUGCUGUUUUCUCCUUGAGCUGGGCCAAGCGCCAUGCCUGACCGUGAUAGCUCCUACCUGUCAGGUGGCGGUGGAAGUGGUGGUAGUCUGGGUGAAGAAGGAGGACCUGGGUCUGGUUUGGCAGGAAGCUCUGCGGAGGGCAGAGGGGGAUCAGGAGGAAGUCUUGGAGGCAACGGCUCUGGGAGCAUGGGGGGAGGAGGGGCGCUCGGAAAUGGCAACAGUUGUGGGAACGGUGGAGGUGGGGGGCAAGGUGUAGGACUGGAAUUGGGCGGUGUCUGCAGGGAUUUCAUACGCAAUGUCUGCAAGAGAGGAAAGCGUUGCCGCUUUAGACACCCAGACUUCAAUGAGGUGCCAGACUUGGGAGUGCAAAAGAAUGAAUUCAUCUUCUGCCAUGACUACCAGAACAAGGAGUGUAGUCGCUCCAACUGCCGCUUUGUCCAUGGAUCUAAAGAGGAUGAGGACUAUUACAAGAAAACAGGUGAGCUACCCCUCAGACUAAGAGGGAAAGUGGCAGCACGACUGGGCCUGUCUCCCAUGGAUCUCCCACAUAGCCGCGGGGAAGUCCCUAUCUGCAGAGACUUCCUGAAGGGCGAGUGCCAGAGGGGCAAUAAGUGUAAAUUUCGCCAUGUCAAAAAAGACUUUGAAUAUGAGCCAUCCAGGGUUGGAGUGGGUGGUGUUAUAGGGCCAGGUGCCAGUGGAAUGGUGAAUGCUGGGGGAGGGAUAGGUGUUGGAGGAGGAAGUGCCUGUGGAGGAAUGCAAGGACUUGUCGGAGGUGGAGGUGGAAGUAUUAUGAUGGGGAUGGGUUGCCCCAGCCUGGGUGGUUGCAGAGAUCCAGGUAUCACAGGAGUUGGGGGGGUAGGUGGAGGUGGGAUGAGCACUUGUCUGUCCGUAAGUUCUACAGGGCAACGGCGUUAUGACAGGAGUUCAUGCUCAGUAUAUGACCCUCUGCUUGAAAGUGGGCUUUUUGAUGCGAGCUCCCUGGAGGCCUCUAUGGACCACACUGCUCUACAGUUGAAGAGGCGGCGGUUGGAGGGGCUGCGCCUGGCAGAUGUCAGUGGAGGUGCACACUAUGAGUUGGGAUUACAAGCAUCCUUGCCACCCCGUCCUCUGGAGUACAGGUUCCUGGAGGAAGAGAACUCCCUGCUGAGGAGGAGAGUAGAAGAGUUGAAGAAGCAGGUUUCAAAUCUCAUAGCCACAAAUGAGGUUCUUCUGGAGCAGAACGCCCAGUUCCGUAGCCAGGCCAAGGUAAUGACGCUGUCUUCCACUCCUGCACCAACUGAGCAGAGUCUGGUGCCCCCUGUGGGUGCAAUAAGUUCCUACAAUCAUAGCAUCGCCCAGACUCACACCACCCUGAGCAGCGCUGGACUGCAGCCUCGGCCUGUCACCCAGCAAGACCUGGUAGCUCCUACCGGCGCCCCUUCAGCGCCCCAGACUAAUAGUGCCCCACCUACAGCCCCUCCGCCUCACCUGAACCCUGAGAUCACCCCCCUCUCAGCCGCCCUUGCACAGACCAUUGCCCAAGGGAUGGCCCCAUCUGUUUCUAUGGCACCUGUGGCUGUAUCUGUGGCACCAGUGGCAGUGUCCAUGACGCAGCCUAUGCCUGGCAUCACCAUGAGUCACGCCACUACCCCGAUGGUGUCGUACCCUAUUGCGAGUCAAAGCAUGAGGAUCACCACUCUGCCUCACUAACUGAUUAAGUGAAGGACUGUAGUACCCACAAGUCAGACUGUAGCAUCAUUAACUGUGAUUUUUAACAUAGAUAAUCUUCUUUUAUGUGUAGAUUCAACUGAUGAUGGAACAGUGAAGUAAAGACACUUGUACUUCUCCACCAGAGGGCAGGAUAAAGACACCCACUCUGUGUUCUGUGGCAACAUUACAAAGACAUUUUUUCAUACAGACUGUCUGACCUGUGAUCAGUUUGUGUACCAAAGGCAAACACAGGCACCAAAAAUGGCAACAAACUGAAAAUAUGUGAGGUCAUCCAUAUUGCUUGAACCAUUUCCACAACACUGCUGUGUCAUCCUUGUGGGGACAUGAAGACUUUGGAAGCAGUUUGUGUUUAUAUUUUUGUGGAUUGCUCUGGUGUAAAUUAACUUUGGUACUUUGCUGAUUGAAAAAAAGAAAUAAUAACAGCCACUCAACAAUGAA